UUAUUUUCCCAUGAUGGGAUAUUGCAGAAAAAUGCGUUUAAAAUUAAAACAAUGAUUUCAACAAUGAAUUACUGCUGAUUGUGAUAAAUUUUUCCAGAUCUUUAGUUCAUUCUGCAACAAUGACAAGAUUAUCGCUGUGCCAGUUUGCUCAAUUCCGAGAGAAAUUUGUAUCUGACAGAGUAAAAACAAAUUUUGCCUCAUGGUUCCCAGGUCACAUGUAUAAAGUGGCCGAAAUCCAAAGUUUUACUCUAUGCUCUCUGCAAUUAAGCCUCAUAUUCUCGUCUUAAAUAAAACAGAUCUUGCUGAUCUGACUCAGAAAGAAAAAAUAAAAAAGCACUUGUUGAAAGAAAGUGUUAAGGAGGUGCUAUUUACUGAUUGCAAAGCAAGUUCAAAGACUGGUGUUGAGAAGAUACUUCCAACAGCAAUAGAAUUAAUGAAAGAUGGUGAUUUCCAUAAUCGACUUAAUAGAAAUUCGUUUUCAUUGAUGGUUAUUGGAGUUCCUAACAUUGGAAAAUCAUCCGUGAUAAAUAAAUUAAGAAACAUUCAUCUAAAGCAAGGAAAGGCUACUUCAGUUGGUGCUGUUCCGGGUAUCACAAAAUCAGUACUUGAAAAAAUUAAGAUAUCUGAAAAUCCACUUGUUUAUUUGUAUGACACGCCUGGAAUUAUGACCCCAUCCAUUGAUAGUUUUGAAGUUGGUUUAAAACUUGCUCUUUGUAGGACUUUAAAUGAUUCUCUUGUUGGUCUAGAUUUGAUGGCAGAUUAUUUAUUGUUUUGGUUAAAUAAACACAAAAAAUUUAAAUAUGUAAACUACUUGGAAUUAAAUGAACCACUUGACGACAUUCGUAUGGUUUUGUUACACAUUGCCAAACAAUUCAAUAAAGUUCAAAAAAUAAAAACUGCUGAAGGUAAUUUAGUAAUGAUGCCUGACAUUACUUCAUCUGCAAUGUAUUUUCUUAGAGGUUUUCGUGAAGGACAUUAUGGAAAAAUUCUUUUAGACUGUGAUCAUUUAAAUAAAAUUAGCUGA